GCGUAGAUUAAAUAGAAGCUGGUGGCUUGCACCAUGUGCCGAGUGCUCCUCACGCUCGCCUACUUCCUCCUGACCAUCUCGUCCAUUGUGUUUACGGCCUGCGUCAACAAUGUCACGGGCACCAGUUCACCCGGGUCUGGGACCAGCACCUCCCUGACGGGACACAUCCACCGCACUGCGGCGGCCAUCGAACGGGUGAACAAGCUCUGGUGCUACGCCUGCCACACGAUGGACGAUGGCGAGUCCUGCGUGGACGUGGCGGUGCGCAAUGAUUCGUCUCUGUUUAAGAAGUGCCAAGGCGAGGAGUUCAUCUGCAUGGUCAAGCGGUUCUCCUAUACCACCAGCACAGAGAACUCCACGAGCUCUCCGAAGAUGUGGUCCUUGGAUCGCCGAUGUGUCGCCAACUGCGAGCCUGGCUGCAUCAUCAUCGGGGAGCGGACCAAGCUCUACGCCUGCACCUCCUGUUGCGAGGAGUCCUUCUGCAAUACGGGCCGCGGUGCUGCCUCGGGCAUCUUUCAUCGCGAGGCCACUGGCAUUGGCACGCGUAUGUUCUGGCUAGCUGCUCCUUUUCUGAUCAACAUAUCUCUGGUCCUGUACAAGAGGCACUCCGGUCACGUCCUCAUCAAGCAGCACUAGUUCCGGGCGUGUAGCGCAGCCCGUAGAUCUGCGCGGUACAACCUCAAUGAAUUUACUCAACGAACCCAAUGUUGCUCAAAUCUACUAUUAUCUUUAAUUUCCUAGCCAAGUAGAUUUCGGAUCCUGUAAGCUAACGUAUGCUAUACGUUUUAUGAAUGUAUGUAGAUAGUACAAUCCAUGAUCUUUCCGUGUGAUAAUAAAUGAUUAUUUUGUCACUAC